AUGAAAUUGAAAAUGAUACAGAAAUCCGAAGAUGAAGAAAGUAAUUCAGAAUUAGAAUCUGAAAGUGAUAGUGAUAAUAAUAAGGAUAUUUUGGAUGAGAUCCCUGUAAUGAUGGGAAACUCAUUAGUUGAAACUGAAUUGAAUGUUG